AUGGAUAGACCUGAAUAUUUCAUCAGCUGGGGUUCAGAGAGAUACGUUCCACUACGACGAUUCGAAGACCUCCAGUCGUAUCGCCACGAUCUCAUUCGGUAUUAUGGGGAGGUCCUCGACACAGCUCAAACCUUCACGCAGCAUUUUUCAAAACAGCCUCUAAAGAGUUACGACAUCGAAAGGUCGCUGAGCAAGAUUAUGGCUUGUGACCCUUCAGGCUGGAAUAAAGACGCAAAUAGCACAUCUAUUUGUUGGUUGGACAUUGUUCGUCACGGCGAUUUCGAGCAACAAAGUGAUGGAUCUUACUACUGCUCCAUUCAGGGGAAGGUGAUCAAUUUCGAUCCGCAAAUACACGAUAGGGUCGAGUUUUGCCGAAGCCAUGCCGCCCAAAUUUCCAAUUCGGGGCCAAGCCACGCAGAGGUGGAACGAGAGGCAGAGACCACUCAGAAGAUAUUGACUGAUAUCUCCGGCGAACUAAGCGACUUCCCCAGAUAUAUGAGAAGUCUAGAGAACCUUGAACGAGCGCUGAAGAUACGCCUGAGCAAGCUUCAAUCCCUCCUAGAUCCCACUACAAUAUCUCCUACGCCAACAAGUCCCCCUACGCAGUAUUUGACGCCGCGUGAGCCCGAUACCGCAGUAUUUACCGAGAGAUUCCGUGCAUCAAGUCCAGCACAAUCAUGCUCGUCGGACGGAUCAAGCGGAUCGGAAAUGACCCCUGAUGACGACCACAAGAUCAGUUUGGACAGCUCCUCUGAACAUCCGAGUGAGGAUAAUGAGUCAGGGGACGAAAACUCAGAGUACAAGUCCCCGGAAAACAAAGGCCCAGAAGACGGGGACUUGGGCGGCAUGAUCCAAGAGGAGAAAGGGACACGAGAUGGCAGUUCCAAGAAUGGCUCCAGUCAACAGAGGUACAACAACUCUAAUAUUGGAAGCGACGCGGCACGAGAUGGUGACAUAGUCGUUCCAUUAAAUCCUUUGUCCCUGGGAACAUCAUCUUCGAUGCCUCUAACAGGGGAGGAUAAAAAUGCCACCUCAUCAUCUCGUAUUUCUCUGCCAGGAGACAUUGGAAAAGCCGGCUCGGCGAGCCCCGUGUUCUUGACAGACUUAUCGCCCAGCUCUUUAUCACCGAAGAGUGAAAACGACGUUAAAAAGGACCCUGUGUCCUCACAAGAAGAUCUCGAGCUGGAUAUGCACAUAUCACCCCGAAAAGGUCCCCUGCGCGAGGGAGGCAAUACGCUCGUCGAAAAUGAGACCCCACCUCUCUGCACAUCUAAGCGGCAGAGAUUCACCAAUGUGUCGGAAUCACAGAAAAAUCCGAAAGUCAAUAUGUGGUCCAGCCAUCAGGAGAGAUCGGAUGCUGUUGCCUGGAUGAAGGCCCAUGCACACGAAGGAUGGAACGAUUCGGAAAGAGCGAGACAAUAUCUCGUCAAAUUUGGCCGCAGCCGAGCUGCCACGACCCUCAACACAUGGAUGGACGACCCAAAGAAUUCUCAAGCGGAGAGUCUUAUCGCGAAAUUGAAAGUUCCGAGUGCUUGUCUGCGUGAGUUAUCGAAUGAUAAUUCUUCAUAG